UUCGCUAACGAUAUUAGCAUCUUCGGGAGAAAAUUAAAUCUCAGUGUUAUGAUAUAGCAACCUAUUUACAUUCAUAAGGGUCAUUUGUAUGCUAAAUUGAUACCAUAUUGUUUAUAACAAUAUUAUUUAUGAUCUAUUGUGACAUUAACUUAUAUUCAUGACCUUUAAAGAUUCUUAUAUGUAUUUCAGUGAAAAGGGGCUUAUUAUAAAAGGACUUUUUUAUAAUAAACCUAUAAAAUAUGUUUAUACAUAACUGGUCACUAAUAGGUAUAUUGCUGCUCAUAUUGAAAACGUCCAUCCAACUGCUAAAACCCUACAUCCAAAGGCAAACUUCGGCUUAAACUAAUUACAUAAUCAAUAUAUUACAUUAGCAUUAAUCACCAAUAAACCGACCAAAUAUGGUACUACAUUUAUCCCACCCACAUUGUACCAUUUAUUCAUACAGACACACUUCAUUUCCUCGACAAACAUGUUGACUAAGCCACUGUUACUGCUCCUAUUGGCAACUGUAGCCCCAACCUCCCAAAAUUGUGACAAAUAUGGCGUGCUACUGUACGACGACAUCGGCUGUAGCCCCUCGACAGCCUCCCCGUGCCCCACUGAGUACUUUUGCAACCUAACGCGUCCAGAAAACGGCUGUACGUUCAAAGGACAGCCCUUAUACCCGGGCCAAGACAUCGGAGCCGAUCUGACGUACUCGGGAUGUGAAAUUGGCUGUAAAUGUGAGGAUUUCAAUUUUAUUCGAUGCGCGACCCUGGACUGUCCUGAAGAAACUUUUGAGGAGGAUGAGUGUUAUAAUGUUUAUGAGCUUGGAAGGUGUUGUGCUACAGGGCAGAAGUGUAAUUCCACGGAAACUUGUGUGGUCGAUGGUACGGAGUAUAAGUUAGGGCAAAAGUUUUAUCCGAAGAACGAGUGCCUCACUUGCGUGUGCCAUGAAGACUUUAAUGGGGAAUUCGACGAGAAAACUUGUCAAAAGUCAAACUGUAACGUCCAGGUGCGGUUUACUGAAGAACUUACGAAGAAAUGUGCCCCGGCUUAUUUUAAUUUUCACUCUGAAGAGGCGCUGUGUUGUCCCGAUACGUUUGUGUGUCCUGAUAAGGAGGAUUUUAUUAAAGUGGUGAAUUUUGAGGCUGAAACUGAUUCCGGGCUCACGUGUGAUUUCGGAGUGGAGAAGUUGAAGUUGGGUGAAGGGUUUAGUAGGAUGGUGAACGGGUAUGGAAAGGAUAGGAGUUUGGGGUGCGAAUGUGUUAUGCCUCCCUUGGUUACUUGUAAAGAAGUGUAUUAAAUUUGUUGAAUAAAAGUUGAUUAAAGAA